GGAGCUGACGGAGUGGGAGCAGCGCGGCAUCGGCGGACACCGGCAUCAUGCGUGAGAUCGUGCACAUCCAGGCAGGGCAGUGCGGCAACCAGAUCGGCGCCAAGUUCUGGGAGGUCAUCAGCGAUGAGCACGGUAUCGAUCCCACCGGCAGCUACCAUGGGGACAGCGACCUGCAGCUGGAGAGAAUCAACGUGUACUACAAUGAAGCCACAGGUAACUGCUCCGUGGAGUGGCUUUCCUCCUCCAUCUCCCCUGGGAGAGAGUACAGGGACCUCACAUGUGUGCUCUCUUGUGAGAGCUGUGUGCAGCAUGUUGUUUCCUGGCACAGCUCUAUAGCUGAUUUGUGUCUUUGCCCCUGAUUCGCUCUUAAGA